CCCGACUGCUCUCCAUUUAAUGCAUUUGAACUACACACUCAGAAACCUCGCUCUUUGCUUCUCUCUUAUCUUUCAGCUAAAAUCUUCACAUUCUGUCAUAAAUCUCUCAAAGUUCUUAACUACUCGUCUCUUUCUCUCUAGAUGAGCUCAAACCCUAACCCCCAAAUGUUGGUUGCAUUUAUUGGAGAGCGACAGUGAAGGGAAGAGAGGAGGAAAGGAUCCUCGGGCCUUACCUGGUUCCCCUCAUUGUUUACAUAAAAUGGGGGUUGAGAAAGAAGUCUCAAAAAGUGGAGGAGGCUAUGUAGGUGGGUUCUUCCAGCUGUUUGACUGGACAGCAAAAUCUCGGAAGAAGUUGUUUUCAAGCAAAUCAGAUUUAACAGUGCCUUCAAAACAAGGAAAGAGAAGUGAUGGGAACUUGCCAAUGACUCGGCUUCAUCUUAUGGAUGAGGAUGAAAAUGGAGCAGGAUCAAGUAUUAGAGGGAGCAGUGAUUAUAGUUGUGCUUCAUCAGUAAUAGAUGAUGAUGGAUGUGGACCUAAAGCUCCUGGUGUGGUAGCCAGGCUUAUGGGGUUAGAUUCUAUGCCAACAUCCAGUUUUUCUGAGCCUAACACUACCCCUUUUUUGGAUUCUCAAUCUCUUAGGGAAGUUUCUCAACGGAGGAAACAUUUUGAAUAUUAUCAUGACCAUCAAAUCUUAUACUCUGGAAGUCUGUUGAAUAAGGAGGGUGGCCAUCUGCAGAACUUUCUAGACUCAAAGCCUCAGAGGGUGUUAAGCAGACCCAUUGAAAAGUUCCAAACUGAAAUUUUGCCUCCAAAAUCAGCUAAAUCAAUUCCAAUUACACACCAUAAACUUUUAUCUCCUAUAAAGAGUCCUGGUUUCAUUCCAAGUAAAACUGCUGCUCACAUAAUGGAAGCAGCUGCAAGAAUUAUUGAACCUACUCCACAAACUACUGCAAAGGCCAAAAUUUCUGUGGUUGGUUCUUCUUCAGUUCCCUUGAAAGUUCGAGAUCUUAAAGAAAAGCUGGAGGUUGCACAGAAAAUGCCUCUGGUUGGGCCUUCUGCAGCAUCUCUGAAAGCUCGAGAGCUAAAACAGAAAGUAGAAGCUCCUAGUAAAACAUCCAGGCUUGCUGAACCUUCUAGAAGACCAGCUGAGUCAAAUGCUGUCAAGUGUCUUAAGGGGCAAUCUUUGAACAAAAGCUGGAAUGGUUCAGUGGAGAUAACAUCUUUUGGGGCUUCGCCUGAGACACAGGAAAGUUCUUCUGGUUUAAAAAAUAAGGGAAAAUCCAUCUCACUCGCAAUUCAAGCAAAGGUAAAUGUUCAGAAAAGGGGAAGUUUGAAUUCAAGUGGCAGUCGAGGCUUGUUAAGCCAGAAAGACCAGUGUGAGGUUACUUCUAGCCAGAACUUCAAGGGUCAACUAAAUAUUCAAAAGAGUUUGACCAAAAAAUCUUCCAUGCAUAAUGGAGUGCUCAGGCAGAACAAUCAGAAACAAAACUGCCAUAUAGACAAAGACAAGCCAGCAAAGGCAACAGAUUCUUGCUUACAGGGCAGGAAGACCAUGACUGGGAAUUCUUCUUACUUGGGGCAAAAAACUUCAGUUAAAACUGUUGGCUCCAAAACCGGAUCCAGAAAGUUGGGCUUGGAUGUAACACAUGAUGAAAAGGGACUUUCAAAUUAUAGUACAAAGCAUAUUUCCAGGAAGAAGCGAUCAAUUGAUGGGAACUUACAUACAGAAAAAAAUCGGGUUGUUGAUAAUAUGUUUAUUGACAAGAACAGGAAGGAAAUCGAGUCAAAUCAGGGGCACUUUAGUUGGGCAGAAGAGAACAAGAAGGGUAUGGAUGUUGUUUCAUUUACAUUUACAGCUCCAUUGAUGAGAUCUACUCCUGGUUAUGAAACAUGUGGUCAAUUUGUACACAAAGAUAGCAAUGCUUGCAUGGAUAAUCGAGGCAAGAGAUUGUUGCUUGAUACUGAUAGUGGUAAGCUAUCUUCAGUGGGAUAUAAUGUGAUAAGAGGAGAUGCAUUGAGCACACUUUUGGAACAGAAGUUAAGGGAAUUGACCAAUAAUGUGGUGUCUUCUAGCUGCAAUUAUGUCAAAAAGGGAUCAGCUUCAAGUUCUCUGUUGUUUUCACAAGACCCAGUGCCCACUCUCAGUGCAGUCAGCACUACUCCAAUGUCACACUGUAACUGGGAUCAAAAUAUGCUGCUAGUUGGUAAGUCUGGUAACAGUGGUGAUUCUGAUAUAUUGUUCUCAACAGAUACCCCAGCACUCAGAUUGAAGCACUUAUUUCAGGGUGUUGAUGAGAGGGAAGAGUGCAGCAGUAAAUCUAAUGAUUGCAGAAAGCUGCUCGAUUGUAUACGGCCUAGUCCAGUCUCUGUUCUCGAACCUUCAAUUUCAACUGAAAGUAGCAGCUCUUUGGACAGCACAGAUUGCAGCAGUACUGAAGGGAGCAAGCAAUGCUCGUCUAUUCAAGCUCACGAGAUUCUUGGUUUAAGUUCUUCAAAGAAGUUUCAAUAUAUGGAUGCUGAUACAGAUUUAUCAGAUUCUGCUUCUUCAAUGUCUACAGGGACUGCAGCUGGGAAGCACGCCAAUACAUUACCUUUGAUAGAUUUAGUGAAAUCAAUCAAGUGGGAAAGAGAAUAUGUGCAGAAGAUACUCUUUAAUCUGGAAUUUAUGUUUCAGGACUUUGCAGUGGGUCAGGCUCGUGAGAUCAUAAGCCCACAUCUCUUCAAUGAGUUGGAAAGUCAACUGUAUGGACAGGAUAGAGAUGGUGUUGAGGCUAGGCUAGAGCGAAAGGUAUUAUUUGACUGCGUGAAUGAAUGUUUGGACAUAAGAUGUAGGCGGUAUGUUGGUGGGGGAUACAAAACAUGGACCAGAGGAGUAACAAUGGUGAGAAGAAAGGAGCGGUUAGCUGAAGAAAUGCUGAAGGAGAUCUCAGCAUGGGAAGGCAUGGGGGAUUGCAUGGUGGAUGAGCUUGUAGACAAGGACAUGAGCAGUCAAUACGGAAAAUGGAUGGGCUUUGAAGUUGAUGCAUUUUUCCUUGGAACAGAGAUUGAGGGCCGAAUAUUUAGUAGUCUGCUUGACGAGGUGGUUGCUGACGUCCUAAGGUGUUGAUGCCUCAAGCUGAACAAGUGUGCAUGGCGGUUUCUUGGUUGAAGUGGGGUCAAACUAUAGACGCAAGGUGGAUAAAACAUGGCUGGACUGCAAAAGAGAUAUAUUGCAGUUAUUUUUUCCACCUCCAGUUCAUUGAAAGUCCCUGAUGUCUUACUUGGGGUCUUUGUAUUCGUAAGAUGUUUCAUCUCAUUGCUCAAAUUAUUGCUUCAUUAGUUGCCUAGUGAAUCAGUGAACGUUCAUAGGAUGUUUGUCGGUAAGCCGCUAUAUAAUGGAAGGCUUGAGAGGCUUCUUAUGAACUGAUUGUAUUUCGAAAAUUUGUUUAUAUGAGAUUAGAAGUGGAAAAUUUUCCUGCCUA